AUGACUGCAACACACCAAGCCGCUAUCCUACCACAGAAGGGCGGUCCCCUGUCUAUUGAGAAGCGCGCCACACCCGAGCCCGGUCCCAAUGAGGUCCUCAUCGAAGUCAAGGCGGUCGCCUUGAACCCCGUCGACUAUUACCAGCGUGACUUCGGCCUGCCCCCUGUGCCUAUCUACCCAGCUGUGAUCGGGUCCGAUACUUCUGGUCUCAUCACAAAGGUGGGGUCCAAUGUCUCCACAGCUCCCGCUCCAGGAAGCCGAGUUAUUGCAUUUGCCUCAUCAUUCUACCAGAAUGGCUCGCCAGACCACGGUGCCUUCCAAAAAUAUGCUCUAGCACAAUCCGAAGGCGUCAUCGCGCUUCCAGAGCACCUCUCGUUCGAGGAAGGUGCUGUCUUCCCCUUGGCUGUCUUAACCGCCUUGACAGCCUGGACCACCAUCGGCAUCUCGCUGGAUACAAAGUACACCCCACAGGAUACACAGGCGGUGCUGAUUUGGGGCGGAGCGAGUAGCGUAGGCACUUUCGCCAUUCAAUCAGCCAAGUCACUCGGCUUCACCGUUUACGCCACUGCCAGUCCCAGGCACCAUGAUUACCUCAAGACGCUUGGAGCGCAUGCGGUUUUUGACUAUAAAGCGAGCGAUGUCGUCUCACAGAUUGUCGAAGCUGUGAGGAAGGAUGGUGUCAAUCUGCACACUGCACACUGUGUUGUUAAUGGAGGUCUGCAGCCAACGCUAGACGUUCUUAAAGAAACAAAGGGCGAUGCAGCUGCUAAGGUUGCUCAUUCGCCUAUCUUACCCGCGGAUCAUCCGACGCUCGAGAACACGGAGAUUAAAUUCAAUUUUCCAUCGAUGGAUCCGACUGAGAGGGGCAAGCAUAUGUACCUAUGCUUCCACGGAUGGCUAAAAGACGGUCUGAAGUCCGGUUCAGUUGUUCCCAGUCCGGCUCUCCAAAUUGAGGGUGGCAGUCUAGAAGGUUUGAACCCAGCACUGGAUAAGUUGAAGGCUGGUGUCAGUGGGGCUAAGAUUGUUUUGUCAAUCUGA